AUGGAGGAGGACGAGCAGCACACGCAGAGACAGUUGCAGAUGGCAAUGCUGUGUCAAAAACUGGAGAAGAUCAAAAAAUACUACAAUGACGAUGACACAGACAACAUCAAUCAGAUCAUCAGUCAGAAUUCCCCUGACACAUGCCUGACGUAUUUGACCAACCUAGAGAAGAAGGGCAAUCCUCAAACAGACGUCAGCCUCCUCACUAAACUGAUUGACUGCUACACACGGAUUUUUUCCAACAUGCCACUGGGGAAAUACUGUCAAAAUGUGAGCUAUGCAAGGAUGCUGGUCAGAUUCGCCGAACUUAAAGCUAUCCAAGAUGUCAAUGAAGCACAGGACGGUUUUAACGUAGCGAGAUCUCACUGUAAAGAUUUUGCCUUUGUCCACAUUGCUCAUGCUCAGUUUGAGCUUUUACAAGGAAAUGUGAAGAAAAGCACUUGGAUUCUUCAGAAAGCUUUCGAGUUGGAUGCUAAACCCACAGAGGAUCUCGAGACAGCUGUGCAGAAUUUAAAAAUGGGAAGAUCACAACUCCUCUCCCAUGAAGAUAAAGAGAACAUGGCAGUACCCGAGUGUCCUGAGAAUGCCCAGGAGUCUGUGAAAAGUGGUUUAGAGUUUAAAAAAGUCUCCAGGGUGUCGGAUGGAACAGAGGAUUUGCAGCUUGGCAGUGUGUUUGGCUCAUGCAUGGAGACGAGACGCAGUUCCCUUGACGACCAUGUGCCAAAUUGGAGGACUGGGUCGCAAGUCAAAAGAACUGUUGCCAUGCCAGGAAGAGUCCCCAUGGUGCCCCUCUUCAUCCCUGAAAAUGAGAAUUGCGACAUGGGCCCGGUCCAGAAGCAAGACGCUGCCAACCCUGUUGGCUCUCUGUCAAGGCAAACGUCUGGAUCCAGUGUUGGUACCAUGUUUCCACUGUCCUCAGCAAAGAAAGGCAACGGGGAUGGAGACUCCUACAACCUGUUAAAUCUAAAGCCUCCUACUGUCAGCCCAGAGCCGCGCCCAUGGGAAGACAUUGGAACAGUGGACUCCACCACCACUCUCCUGCACAGACCAGACAAGAGAGAAACCACUAGGAUGGAAGAUACCACCGACAGUAUCAAACAGAUUGUUGGUUUAACCUCACCGGAGUCCUGCCUCGCGUAUCUGAGGAGCCUGGAGAGGAGCGGAGACCCUCGCUCCGACAGGGCCUUACUCUCCAAACUGCUAGACUGUUACUCCAGAGUCUUCACCAAACUUCCUCUUGGAAAGCACAGCAAGAAUGAGAGCUACGCCAGAAUGCUGGUCAGAUACGCUGAGCUGAAAGGCAUUGAAGAUCCGGACGACGCUCAAGAUAACUUCAUCAUCGCCAGGUCCAACAGCAAGGCCUUCGCCUUCGUCCAUGUCGCACAUGCUCAGUUUGAGCUUUCUCAGGGCAAUGUUAAGAAAAGUGCGUUGAUACUCCAGAAGGCCCUAGGAUCAAAUGCCAGACCCACUGAAAUGCUCCAAACAGCAAUGAAGAACUUGAAAGCUGGAAAAUCUCAGCUGCUCCCCCCAGAGGAUAAAGAAAACACUGCAGACACAAUAAUUUCUGAUUAUGAGGGAAAGAAGCAGGAAGAAGAGAAUGCUCUGAGGGUUUCGACCAAUCAGAGCCAGCAGAAAUCUGCCUCUAAGGAGCCUUCAUCUGAUUGGAAGAUUCCUGCACUCAUCAACAGAUUUGUGUCUCCAGAGGAGAAAAGACCUCCUCCAGAACCCAUGCCCACUCCAAGGUUUCUGGAUUCACUUCCCACGCCGUCUGCCGCGUUACCGUCCCGGGUCCAUCCCACAGUGUCCUGUGAGACCCCCAAGUACAAAGAGCCCUUCAGCAGCAACAGCUACGCUACUCCCGUGGUGAGGCAGAAACCUGCGUCUGUGGCUGCUCCAACCACAGCCCAGAGAAUCAGUCAGGCUCCACUGCCAUGUACCCCUCAGAACCAAGUCUCCUUCAUCCACCAGACUCCUCAGGAAUCUGUCACUGCCCUCUCCAACGAAUCCAUCACUAUAAAGGGCAAACAGUUCUUCAUCUUGAAGAUGAUUGGCAGAGGUGGCUCCAGCAAAGUCUAUCAGGUGUUGGACCAUAAGAAACAGCUGUACGCUGUGAAGUACGUGAACUUGGAGGAGGCAGAUGCUCAGACGGUUGAGAGCUACAAGAACGAGAUAGAACAUCUCAAUCACCUGCAGCAGUACAGCGACCAAAUCAUCAAACUCUACGACUACGAGAUUACAAACACCUACAUUUACAUGUUGAUGGAGUGUGGUAACCUGGACCUCAAUACCUGGCUACGCAAACGGAGGGCGGUCAACCCCCUGGAGAGGAAAUUUUACUGGCGGAACAUGCUGGAGGCUGUCCAGACCAUUCACAAACAUGGAAUUGUCCACAGUGACUUGAAGCCAGCUAAUUUUGUGAUAGUGAACGCUUCACUGAAACUAAUUGACUUUGGCAUUGCCAACCGUAUUCAGCCAGACAUGACAAGCAUUAUGAAAGAUUCCCAGGUUGGAACACUAAACUACAUGCCACCAGAAGCCAUUAAAGACACAUCCUCUAAGGCGGGAAACCCUAGGUCAAAGAUCAGUCCUAAAGGUGAUGUCUGGUCCCUCGGGUGUAUCCUGUACUGCAUGACAUACGGGAAAACCCCGUUCCAGAACAUCACCAACCAGAUCACGAAGCUUCACGCAAUCAUUGAUCCCUCCCACGAAAUCGAAUUUCCCGACAUCAUGGAGAAAGACCUGCUGGAUGUGCUGAAGAGGUGUUUGGUUCGGAAUCCAAAGGAGCGAAUUUCCAUCGCAGAACUACUGGAGCAUCCGUAUCUCCAGCUGCAGCCUCAGCCUCCUCCUGAACCAGUGGUGACAUCCAACAAUAAUGACCUAAAGAGGAUCCUCAAUGAGCUCGCUGCUCUACAGUCUCCAAACAGCAUCGCAAGAGCUGCAAGUAACCUGGCAAAAAUGUGUAACAGUGGGAGGAAACUGGACGUCUCUGAGUGUGUGAAGACACCUAGCCAGCCUUCCUAA